CAGAGAACUUCAGUUGAGUGUGCAGUGCCGUGGUGGACGGUUCAGAUACACAGGCAGGCAAAUCAGGCAGGCACACGGCUCCUCACCACACACAAGUGAUCCAGUAGUCUGCGUUUUUUGGACUUUGUUUUUCUUUCCACCAAACGUCACCCACCAGCCUACGUCCCAUCAGUGAUCCUCAAGAACAGUGACUCGUGUGUGACAAGUGACCAGCAGUGACCGUGACCAGUGCCAGUGUCAAGUUUAUCAGAGACUCGUAUGUUCGUGGUAGUGAAGAUGCUGCCCUUCCGAGUGUUGCCCUACCUGGUGUGUGCGGCGGCCCUGCUUGGCUCAGCCAUGGCCCAGGAGGAUGCAGAAGGGAUUGCCACCUCUGCCCCUGUCCUUGCCCUUGCCCCUGCCCCUGCUCCUUCCCCUGCCCCUGCUGCCAUACCUAUCGGGUCCUCCUUCGACGUCGACUUUGAAUCCACGAACGCCCAGCUGACUGGCUGCCCCCCUAACCAGGUGUCCUUCGAGCUGGUGACGGGGUACGUGUACUCGGCGCCGGCGGACAUGUUAGACUCUCAGCCGGGUACUCUGAUGCUCACUGACUGUAUCGACAUGUGUAAGAGGAACAGCUCCUGUAUGGCCGUCAACUAUGAGACUGGCCUAUGUGUCCUCUUCUCCUCCAACGCUGACAUGUAUCCUGGAGCACUCACCUCCUCACAGUUCCCGGUGUUCACCCUCUACGUGCAGAAGAACUGUCUCAAUAACGCCCCGGCAUGUGACAGAGCCUGGAGCUUCGAAAGAGUGAUGGGCUUUGAGUUGGAUGGCUUCACAAAGAAGAACAGCCGCGUCGCCAGCCGUCAGGAAUGCGAGGUCCUUUGCCUUUUGGAGCAGGAGUUCCCCUGCAGGUCUGCCAAUUUCAACAACGCGACUGGUGAGUGUUCAACCUCCGACAUGGACCGACACACAGCAGUAGGGACGGGCGCCUUCCAAUCAGCAGUCAACAGCGAUUUCCUGGAGAACAACUGCGUCGAUGAUCCCGUCAGGCUGUGUGAGUUCCAGAAGAUGGAGGGCCGAAUCCUGAAAACCGUCGACUCCGUGUACCAGGACGUCGAUGGACUUGAAGACUGCAAGAGACUGUGCCUCACCACCUCCUUCAGGUGCCACUCCUUCGACUUCGGCGACACUGGUGACCGAGUGUGCCGCCUCUCCCACCACGCCGCCGCCACCCUCACCCACAUUGAAGAACCUUACCUGGAGAUCCCCGGCUCCUCCACCUACGAACUCUCCUCCUGCUACAACGUCACCAUCGACUGUCGCUCCGGUGAUAUGGUCGCCAAGAUCAAGACCUCCAAGAUCUUUAACGGCAAGAUCUACGCCAAGGGCUCCCCCAACACCUGCGUCAGCGACAUCGAGGACGCCCUGGAAUUCGAGCUAAGGAUGUCCUACAACGACAUUGACUGUAAUGUUGAGCGAGACUCCGCCUCCAAGUACAGCAGUGACGUCGUCAUCCAGCACCACGACAUGAUCGUGACCUCAGCUGACCUGGGUCUCAGCGUCCACUGCCAGUACGACUUGACCAACAAGAGCGUGAGUAACCGAGUCGACCUGACCGUCGAAGGAGACAUCAAGCCCGCACUCGAGGAGGGAAGUACUGUCGACUCUCCCAACGUCAUCAUGCGUGUCGCCAACCGCAAUGGUGAUGACAUCUCUGACGCGGCCGUGGGAGACAUGUUGCAGCUGCGCUUUGAGAUCGUCGACAGGAACUCACCCUAUGAGAUCUUCGUACGUGACCUGGUAGCCAUGGACGGCAGCAACACCAACAACAUCACUCUCCUGGACGGCCGCGGCUGCCCCACCGAGAUCUCCAUCAUGAGGCCCCUCCUCAAGACUGACAACACUGGCAAGGUUUUGGGCGCCUCCUUCGACGCCUUCAAGUUCCCAACGAGCGACGUGGUCCAGUUCAGAGCUCUGGUGACUCCCUGCCUCCCCACCUGCGAGCCCGUUGUGUGUGACGUCCUUGAUUUUGGCGGCCAGAUGAAACAGGCUGAGAGCUACGGCAGAAAGAAGAGGGAUUUGUCUUCCUUUGACGACUUCGGCGUCUCCAUCUUCACCCCACAAUUCCAGUCUGACUCCGCUUCCCUGGUGACGAUGAUACAGAAGAACCCCUACACCGUGGACAUCACUGCCCGUACCCUCUCAGGCAACUACCUCGACAGCUCCGUCAGCCGCUUCAGGAGGGAAGCCCCUGAACAAGUGAUCCCUGAGGAGCUGUUAGUCGUCCAGUCCAUCAAGAUCUCCGACAAGUUUGGUUUCCGCGGAGCACAAGCUCAGAGAAGCAACAAACCCUCCAAGAACUUCAAGAAGGAGACCAACACUGUUGAAGGAGACACAGAGAUCGUACUGCAGGAGGAUGUGUCGGGGAUGUGCAUCAACAUGGUGGGUCUGGUGCUGGCGUGCUCCGUGUUCCUGGUGGCGCAGCUGGUCAUCAUCGUGGCGUGGACGGCUGUGUGGCAUCGUCGCCGCAGGAGCAAGCUGGAGGAGCCCCUCAGUCCUGCCACCACCACCGAGUCCCUCCGUCAGCUCUACGACUCCGGUUAUCCCCGCAGGAUCUAGCUCCUCCCCGCUCGUGCCGCCCAUAUGCUUACAGGCGCCCUUCGUCCCGUCCUCACCGCUUCGUUCAGAAGAGGGACUACUGAGGUGAACAUGAGGGACGCCCGUAAAAUGGACAACCGACCUUCUCGUGCCCUUCAUUCCCGACAACGUCCUGUUCAUGUUCGCCAGGAAUCUCUUUAUCCUAUUGAGAUCCUAUAGACCAGGAACGAGACGGGUUGUCAGCUGGGAGACAAGGACUCGACCUCUUGGCUUAAGGAACUGUGUGAAAUAGACGAAGGAAAUUGGUAGCUCCUGACAAUGUCCUGAAAACUUCGUCCCGCCGACCUUGGUAACGUCGGGGCGGAAGACUGGUGCAAUAUUGCAGAAUCAAAUUGCAAUCACUGUUUGAGGGACCAUUCAGCCCCUCGAUCAGGUGGCCGAGCGGCUUCACUCGAUAAUUGUUAAUGAAGACGCCGAUUCAUCUCGAAAUAGCGAGCUUCCUCUUGGACAUGUCUCAACCCUACCUCCAGAAGAGUGGCAUUUGACGAAAGCACAAGAAGGUGAUCAACUGGGCAUUUGCAAUUUGAUCUCUAAAUUAGAGGCAUCCCAUUGUGAAACUCUCGAAGGCUAUUACCAAGGGCAUUAAACCUGACUUAUCAUAGGACACUCUCAAUUAAUAACUUAGCGAUAAGGUUGUGUUUCUUAGUAAUAAUGAACUAUGUGACCGCAGUGUCUGUGCGACUUAACACAUUGUGAUAACUGACGUAACUUUUAUGAGAAAGUCGGACUGAACCAAAACUUUUAGUGACUGUGUCGAUCUUCGUGACGUGUUGAUAUCAAGACUUCGAUUCCUCUCUCUGAGUCCUACUGCAGAUCCUGACUUGCAGGCGACUGGUGGUGGUGCUUUAGGGGGACUCCUGGGAGGGCGAGGGAGAGGCCACACGUCGACCACGGGGCGCUCUGGUUAAACCAAGAAAUAUUUGCGUUUUAAUUUGGUUUUAAUUUGGAACCUUUUACUUUAAAGAUUAAUUUUGUACAUAAUAAAAAGUGAUUCCUAUUAAAUACUCAGAUAAACAUACGUAAGACUAAAUCAAAGUUGCAAAUACCGAAUGUAAAGAAGAAGUUUGAUCAUUUCUCCUCUUGUGUUUGACCACCUGAGGCCUGCUACACGAGGCGACCAGACCCCCCUCUCCUCCCUUCGUGCUUUAGGGUGCUGGGACAAGGGAUAACUCAUCCAUAGUUAGGAGCAAGAUAGAAAACAGGCACAACAAAUACAACCUUUUUCCCCCCCAUCAAAAACUACAGCUCAGAUUUCCAGUUGGGACCUUGUAAAUGUGUUAAUUAUUUUGUAUGUAUGAAUGAAUGACCGAGAAACCCCCUCCCCUUUAGGAUAGUUAGAACGAUACACCGAUCAUGUAGGUAAUGUUCGCUGUAGAUAUCGCUACUUUGCUGUUGUAGAAGUGACAAUUAGUGACAGUCAAAGUCGGAUUACUCGUCUCUGACUCUGGAGGACUGAGCGCGAGAGAAGCAUCUGUGUUCAUCGUCUUGCACCUGAGUGAGCUGAACACAUGCAGGUGAUAAUGAGAAAGACGAGUACCUGUUUGGUGAUCACUGUCGCAGGUGGUCACUGUUUUAGGUGAUCACUGUUUCACGAGGUCACUGUCGCUGGUAGUCACUGUUUCAGGAAGUCACUGUCGCUGUUGUAGUCAUGCUAUAUUUGCUCAAGAUAAACUCCCCGCAUGGCAGCUGCUGUAGGUAACCGCUUGUAGAUGACAUGAGGACACCCCACCUCCACUGCUCCGCCUAAAACAACAUCUCAGAGGCUGACUUGCAACUCCUGUCAACACUCUCACUGCAUAGAAAGAGAACAUACUUGUAAAACCUUUGUCAGAUUCCUUUGUUGACCUUAGUCUGUCUAUCUGCAUGAAGAUGAUUGACUAGUUGAGUGUUGUCUGCCGCCCAUAGCAUGGUGGGGGUGUUAGGUCUUAUAAACCACUCCCUAUGUUCUUGCAUGUACAAAACUUUAGAAUCGAAUUAAGUUCCAUUUGCAUAUCAUUAUAAUAUCUUAUUAAAUGAAACCUCUUCAUUUAACGCUCCUUAAAGAUUAAUGUAAAAGUUAUUUGAAUGUUAAUAUGUAAUUAUUAGUUUAUUGAGUUUGUUAGUUUAUGUUUUCUUAGUUUUUAGGAGUUGUUAUGAAGAUGUUUAACUAACUUGCCAUUAACUUCAUUGUUUACUAACAAAUUGUGUUUGCUUAUUACCAAUUAAUGCUUACUAACAAUUAGUUGCUUGCUUAUUAACAAUCUAUGCCUGCCUAACAAAUAAUUAUUGAUUGCUCAUUAACAAUUAGUGCUUGCUUCCUUACCAUUAGUGAUUACUUAAGUUUGCUUAUCACAGUUUGUGUUGUUUGUUUACCAUUAACAUUUGCUUACUAACCACUAACAAUGUUUGCUUGUUUAAUGCAUGAUAAUUAACCCAGCUUACUUGCAUGUAAACUACGCUUGCUUAUUAACAAAUAACGCCAAGUAACAGAGUCAAUCCUCGCUUACAAUUAACGCUUGCGUGUACUCUAACACACGCUUAACGCUAACAAAAGCUUACUAACAACCACCACAUAGCUUAAACAGUAGCCAGCACCCAAGCUUCAGAUUUUCAAAACCAUUCAUAGGUGAAAAUGACGCCUUUUGAGCCUUCCCGUAUAGUCUCAAGUCAAUUUCAGAGCCUUAACAGUGAGCUAAGUAGUUAUAUUCUCUCACCACCACAUGAGAAAUUUUUUUAACCUGUGAGCUAUUGAGAAUCUGUAGCAUGUAAACAAACCUCAUAGUUACCAUUAAGAUAGUACUGGAACCUGUUACCGCCUCGUCUGGUGACUCUAUACAUAGGGGCCAUGUUAUUGUGUUUAAGUUACUUAGUUUUGAUGAUUAUGAAAAUUCCUCAUUCACUUAUAACCUGACGUGGCUGGUUGAGGUUCAUUCCUUAGUGUGUGUGUGUCGAUGCCAUUAGAUGCUUUUCAAAUGCAAAGAAAAAUGUUUUAGAAAACUAGAAUAUUUUUUUAUGCUUUGAAUUAAAUUAUUUACUAUUGGUCCCAACAUGUAACUCAGCUGUAUGAUAAAACAUUUAAACUUCACACAGGGAAUUAUUUAUUUAUUUAUUUAUUUAUUUAUUGACAUAACUUAAUAAAAAAAGAUAUAUUUACUUAACUUAUUGUUGAUACUGUAAGAAGAAUCAAGUUAAGAGUUAUUUAAGUAAAACAAAACAGUUGUAAUUUAAGUAACACCAAACAGUAGUAAGUUAAGUAAUAUAUACCAUACACCCUAAAUCAUUCUACCUAUACGUAUAUACAUACUCUCUCUCUCUCUCUCUCUCUCUCUCUCUCUCUCUCUCUCUCUCUCUCUCUCUCUCUCUCUCUCUCUCUCUCUCUCUCUCUCUCUGUGUAGGUUUUUAUAUUGUAAACAUAACAAGUUGCCAAGAAUUCCAGACUAUUAAUAUGUGCUUUUUCGUUUACUUAGAUGCGAGUUGACUUGUGAGAAUGAAAAGAGAUAAAUUACCAGGGUGUAUGAGUGUAUGGAAUGCUUUUUUUUAUGGUAGUUGCAAUCACACUCAAGAGCUUCCAGUGAGUGCUUGUAUGAUUACUAUUGUAGAUUAAGAAACUUUACGUGUGUGUAUGUGUGAUUGUAUGUAUGUGUAUUUAUAUAACAUUAAAGGAACGACAAUGAAGGUUAUUUGUGUGCGUUAUUAUUCUUUGUUGUUGUUGUUGUUGUUAUUAACCCCUAUCUCGUGGCAUUAUUACCGUGUGUAUCUCAUUCCACUCCCUUCCAUUUUAUGCAAUUUAGUGAGUAAGUGUUUUGUGUCUAAGUGUUAAUUUGUACCAAAGUAUACAAAUAAAUGAUUAAAAAAAAUA